GUAAGGCUGUCAGAGAGGAAGAGGCGGUGCCCAGCCUGUUUGACAGUGGGAGGAAUUCGCUGGAGACACGCAAAGUCCUGUUAAACGGAACGCUAAAAUGUUUCGAGUUGAGAUGCGGCGUGUGAUGUAGAGUAAAUGCUCCUGGUUUUCUGUUCACCGUUAUUCCUGGGCUAGAGGCACUCAACACAAAAGUGGUAACCAGAUAUCAUGGAUAACAGUGGCUCUGUCAGCGAAAUGCCAAUGAAUGAUGUAACUGUCACCUUGGAACAGAAUCCUCCAGACCCGAACAAAUAUUCGACAUCUAAAGGAUCGACAGUUAGCUUCCACAACAUUUACUACAGCGUGAAGAUCAAGAGUGGUUUACUCUGCUGCCGUAAAACCAGUGAGAAGGAAAUCCUAAAAGAUGUCAAUGGUGUCAUGGGACCUGGAAUGAACGCUAUCCUAGGUCCUACAGGGAGUGGAAAGUCUUCGUUACUAGAUAUUUUGGCUGCAAGGAAAGAUCCUUCUGGCUUGAAAGGAAAAGUGCUCAUUGAUGGUGCUCCACAGCCCUCUAACUUCAAGUGUAUCUCUGGAUAUGUUGUACAGGAUGACGUGGUAAUGGGAACACUGACAGUGAGGGAGAAUCUCCAGUUUUCCGCUGCAUUGCGUUUACCAAAGAAUAUCCGCAACAAGGAAAAGAAUAAUAGGAUUGUCCAAGUUAUUAAAGAGCUUGGACUGAGCAAAGUGGCAGACUCCAAGGUUGGAACUCCGUUUAUUCGGGGAGUGUCUGGUGGAGAAAGAAAGAGGACAAAUAUUGGAAUGGAGCUGAUCAUUGACCCAUCUGUGUUGUUCUUGGAUGAACCGACUACUGGUUUGGAUGCUAGCACAGCACUUGCUGUCCUGAUGCUGCUACAAAGAAUGUCGAGGAAAGGCAAAACGAUUAUUUUCUCAAUCCACCAGCCCCGAUAUUCUAUUUUUAAGCUGUUUGGCAGCCUGACACUUCUGGCUAAUGGUAGAUUGGUUUACCAUGGUCCAUCUGCGGAGGCACUGGAUUAUUUCACAGGGAUUGGAUACAUGUGUGAGCCAUUUAAUAACCCUGCUGACUUUUUCCUCGACAUUAUCAAUGGGGACUCGACUGCAGUAAGCACACACAAAGCUUUAGACAUUUAUCCAGAAAUGGCUGAUGAUUCUUCUGCUUUAAAGAAAGAGACCACCAUUGCAGAGAACCUAGCAAAUGAAUACUUGAAAUCGAGACACCACAGUGAAAUGAUAUUUGAAUUAAACAAGCUAUCUCAAGGAAAUGCUGUAGAAUCUGAACCUGUUACUAGGAGGAUCACAUAUGCAACAUCAUUCUUUCACCAACUGAAAUGGGUUGCUAAACGAUCCUUCAAAAACCUGCUGAGGAAUCCCCAGGCCUCUGUUGCUCAGGUGAUGGUUUCACUUGUCCUGGGACUGAUUGUGGGAGCCAUAUUUUUUGGAGUACAAAAUGAUAUGACGGGUAUUCAGAACAGAGCAGGUGCAUUUUUCUUCCUGACCACCAAUCAGUGUUUCAGUAGCCUGUCUGUUAUCGAGCUCUUUGUUAUAGAAAAGAAGAUUUUCAUACACGAAUAUAUCAGUGGCUAUUACAGAGUGCAUGCAUACUUCAUAGCAAAGUUACUUGUUGACCUGAUUCCUAUGAGAGUAGCACCAGCCACUGUACUUACAAUCACAACCUACUUCUUGAUAGGAUUCAAGCUGCAGCCUGGAGCCUUUUUCAUCCUAUUGUUGACAUUAGCCCUAGUGGCCAUUACAGCUGCAUCUCUGGGAUUGGCUGUUGCGACUGGACAGAGUAUUAUAGCAAUUGCCAACCUGAUGAUUACUGUUAUUUUUGUUCUCAUGAUCCUUUUCUCUGGCCUCCUGGUGAACUUGCCGAGUGUGGUAAACUGGUUGAAUUGGCUAAAGUAUUUCAGUAUCCCACGUUAUGGCUUGACCGCUCUACAAGUGAAUGAAUUUGUGGGACUGAAUUUUUGCAACAAUUCUGAAUCAGUGUUUGUUCCCAAUGAAAACAACUGCAGCACAAACUCCAAAAUGCUGAUAUGCACUGGAGAAGAAUACCUUACCAGACAAGGAAUUGAAGCAACUGAAUGGGCCUUGUGGCAGAAUCAUAUCGCGUUGGCUUGCAUAAUGAUUAUUUGUUUCACCAUUUCCUACCUGAAACUCAGAUUCAUGAAGAAAAUGUCAUAAUUUAUAUAACUAGACACGGACUCCAAUCUCCUCUGUUUGAUGUCCUAGGUUUUUUGGAAGGGAUCCCUUGCUCACUAUGCCACUGACAUAUUAUUUGUUUCAAAGUUAGUUAAUGAUUCACACUGCUCAACCAUGUGUCCUUAUGGAAGUGUACAUCCACAUGAUUGGCUGUGAAUUUAUUUUUGUUUGUUGUGCUAUUCUGUGACUGUCUGUCAGUGGAAUCUUCUGUCUUGUAAUGAGCAUGCAAUGAGGUGAAAUGGUGGCAUACUUGAAUCUCUGUCCAGGAUUAAGUUCCUGGUGGCAAAGCCCAUAGUUGACCUCCCUGUCCCAUCUCUUUGAGCCCUUAAGUAGCUAGUUAAUGACUACUUGAAGUCUUCACCCUUUGCCAUUGGGAUUACCCAAGUGCAGCCAGGCCUGUUGCCAAGCAAUGUGGACAGCAACUAAAAUAGUGUAGCUGUUGGUGAUUGUGUAUGUGUGUGUUGGGGAUUGGGGGCAGUAUUACCUUUGACUGACAAAGGGACUGGAUAUUGAUAGGAGGGCCCAAUGGGAGCUAAGUUUCUGCCCUUGGUGAGAAGUCUGCAUUCUUCUCUGUGAUUACCACCCUACAAGAUCAUAACUUCAUAUUUUUUUACAUGUGUCUGGGUAGCUCAGUGAUCCUCUGACAGCAGCCACCAUCUUCCUUGUCAUUGACCUGCAGCUCUCAUUAGGUCUUGGUUCCAGGGGACACAUGAUUGUUGUGUGGUUUAGUGGGCCUUCUCUUACCACCUGGCAGGGAGGCCCACCCUCAACACCAUUCUGUCCAGUUUGUCUAUCUACAUCACCAACUGUCUUCAACAUCUUGACUAGGAUAGGCUUUACAUUAUCCCUAUGUUGCUUGGUCUUACAAAAGCUGCCUUUUUUGUGUUUGAGGUUGCAUUGAUAUUAGGGUUGUCAACUUUACUUGGACAUAAUCCUUAAAUUUGCCUUAUCCAAUCUCCCACUUCGCCAUUGAUUGUCUGACACAUUCAUUCUUGCAAUGCCUAUACCAGCAGGGAACAAACAGACUCUUCAUUACCCAGUUGGAAACUUCCUGACUGACUGAAUAAUCUUCUUUCUCUUCAUGUCCAAUCUUUUUAUAGCUAGCAAACAAAGAUUCAAAAACUUUAAAUGCACAUUGCUGUGUCCAGGAAGUUAAUCUUUAAUUCCUGGAGACUCUGGGAUAAUCCUUGAGGUUUGGCAGCCAUUGAUUAUAAGAGUUUAUAAAUGAUCAAUUGCACUGCUGCCCAUCUUGAGAAAUCUUCAGACGUGUUUUGAGUUUUGAUGCCAGUUUGGAGGUCUAUGCUGUGCUGCAGUAUAUGAAAGAGGGCAUGCUAUUGUUUUCCUUUGUACUGUUAAAAUGUAAAAAAUUAGAACUGCAAAUUGAAAAUGCUGAAAAGGAUAAAGGUUGUUAAAUUUUGUCAUGUUAAUUAUAUAUUUUUGGGAAAUAUAUUUUGCAAAUUAUUUUGAUACGUUUAACUUGAAAGAAAUCACUAUUGGAUCAUUACUUGUGGAAGUAAAGUUCAACAUUCUGUGCAUUUUCAUGACUUUGGCUGAUGACAUAAUGAAUGUAUGCACCCAGAGUGUACUAUAAAGUUCAAAGUUUGUGUACUAUAAAGUUCAAAGUUAGUGUACUAUAAAGUGGCUGCAAUUUUCGCAGUGUUUGAAAUUGUG